CUCAAACCCGCUCAGUGCCACUGGCACUGGUCUGCUUGAAGGCCCAUGGGCCGGAAAGGAGCAUCGUUGCUGGCAGUUUUGGCUGCAGGCGGCUGGUCCUUUGCCCACUUUGGUGCCGUGAGCGUUCAACGCACCCAACGUGAGCGGAAACCCAGCGCCUCAAAGCAGUUCAAGGCAUCGCCGGGCCCAACGUCGGCCUUGCUGCCUGUGGGACUGGUGGCCAUUGCCGGAACCGCCACCAGGUCUUCGUUUAGACGAUGGUCACCUGUGGCACGCGCAGCGAAUGCAAGUUUCAAGCUCUUUGGACCUGAAGGUCCAACAGUACUGCUAAGCAGUACAUUGAUUGGCUUGUCUACAGGUUGCGCUGUGGUGGUUUUUGAGGGAAUCAUCACAACGAUGGAGGAGCUACGGGAAGAGCUCCCAUUGCCCGUGAUUGCACCGCUUCUUGGUGCUUUGGUCCUUGCAGGGAUAUUCACCGCUUUCGGUGGCAAAGAAGGCCUUGCAGGGACGGACAUCAAAUCCUUGAAAUCAUAUGCAGCAGCAGGUGGCCCGGAGCCACCUGAAAACUGGCCGCUUCGCGCCGCGGGCAACGCCUUGUCCGCAGCCAUCACCCUGGGCUCCGGAAAUUCCCUGGGGCCCGAAGCACCGGCGGCCACGCUGGGUGCCAACGUUGCAUUCGGCUUGGGCCAGGUCUUUUCCAUUUUUGGCACUCAAGCUACGCUCGAUGAGGCAGCACCAAAAGGACCACCACCCUCCAAGGAGGAUUGCGAGCUGAUUGAGAGAGCGCUCAGUGGCUCCAAAGUGGUGGCCAGCCUCCCGGGCAAGGACCUGGACAAAUUGUUGACCUUCUUCCAGGAGGUUCGGAUCAAGGCAGGCGACAAUUUGAUGAAACAUGGAGAUCAGGUGGCAGAUGAUGAGCCAGGCCUCUUCGUCACGAAAACUGGGGAGCUGGAUGUCUAUUUCCCAGAUGGCGGCCAAGAGAAAAAGGUCUUCGCCUAUGAAGAGAGUGGUCAAGUGGUGGGUGAGUUGGCCGUGCUGUUCAGGGCACCACGAGCUGCCACGGUGAAGGCACGCACCGACGCGGUGUUGCUCAGCGUGGAUCGCUGUUCCUUCGAGGCUUGCGGUGGACGAUCCGAAGGAUCCAUGGCGAGGAUAAAUCAAAAUCCAGAUGCUCUUCUGGCCUCUGGCGCUGCUGCCGGCGUUGCAGCAGGUUUCAAUGCACCCAUUGCGGGUAUUUUCUUUGCUUCAGAGGUCGUUAGACCAGGUGACGACAACUCCCUGGAUCUCACAACAAGGCUGCUUGCAGCAGCAGUGAGCGCUGCUGUGGUUCAAUCUUUUCUACCGGGCGGCCCCGCCAUCAAAACCACGAACUUCUCCUGGGACGGAGGGAACGGCGAGUUGUUCCUCUUCAUCAUUUUGGGUGUCCUCACAGGAAUGAUCGCCUAUGGCUACAAGAAGAUCGUGGCUUCAAGCCGCGAUAUCAUCACCUGGGUGACAGAUCAAGGAGUACCUAACAUUUGGCUACCCAUCGCAGGUGCGCUUGUGACGGUCCUCAUCUCUUUGCUCACGUGCGCCCGUGUCCAGUUCGAUGGCUUCGGCGCAGUGAAUGAGGUGCUGCGCGAUGCCUCUGAGCCCUUGGGUGAAGCAGCAUCCAACCUGUCGCUAGCACCGUUGAUCGAGAACCGUGGCUCCAUUGGCCUCUUCGGUGCAGCGCCGCUGCUGGCCCUAAUGGUGCUCAAGAUCUUUUCCACUGCCUUCUCUUCAGUCAGUGGUCUAGUUGGAGGAACCUUCGCUCCGUCCAUUUACAUCGGAGCCUGCCUUGGCGGCGCGCUGGGUCGCAUGAUAGAGGGGGCUGCCAUCGCCCACUCGGCAGCCACAACUUAUAUUGUUGUUGGCAUGGCAUCUAUGCUGGCUGCGAACUGUAGUGUGCCCAUCACCUCAGUCGUCCUGGCCAUGGAGCUGGCGGGCGGCGCCAGUUACGAGGCCACUCUUCCAUUGAUCACAGGCAUUGGUGUAGCGCUCUACGUGUCUGCAGUUCUGCUUCCUGCCUUGUUAGACGGCUUGGACCGCGAUGCGGCUCUGCAAAGGUUGGGCGAAGCGGCCGAAGAUACUGGUUUAUAAUUAAAUUAAAGUUAAUGAAUCAUCAAAAAAUAA